UUUAUUUCUGUCAUAAAAAGUGACAUUAAAAAAUGUAGUUCAUGCAACACACUGUUGGAUAUGCUUGUUGGCCAUCAAUAAAAUCUUGUGGUCUUGAGAGUAAUGAUAAAAUUAACGUUCUAUUUUCCACACAAACUCAUGAAUACUAAACUCAUCAUUCUGGCAAAAGUGUUAGCGGCGGCACCACAUGUGAUGUAUUAACCAUUUUCAAGAAGGUUGCACUGUUUUCCCUUUAACCUUGCUGACAUUACAUAAUACAACACAGACUUUAAUGAGCCACUGUUGACUGAAGUGCAGGUGCCAUAGGUCACAGUGAAUACCUCAGUGCCCCUGCCCUGGACAUACAGUAGGGGAAAAGGACUCAGAGAGAGACGGUCCACAGAUAAUCAGUAACAGUUUCCACAGAGGAGACAGUACGAGGAAGGACGCAGCCCCUCAAAGGCUCACAGGAAAGUAGCAAAACCAAAAACUGCUUGCCAAAGAAGACUUACAAGCUACAUUUUUACAUUUUCUGAUUCUGGUGACGUUUACAAAAAGCCAGUAUGAAGCUGAAGAUUCCAAACCCCGGACUGGAAGACAGGAUCCCGUCUCACGGGGACCUGGAGAAGAUGGAGAAGGAGGAGGCUGGGGACAGGCCCAAAUGGGACAACAAAGCCCAGUAUCUGCUCACCUGUGUGGGCUUCUGUGUGGGACUUGGCAAUGUCUGGAGGUUCCCGUACCUGUGUCAAAGCCAUGGAGGAGGAGCCUUUAUGAUCCCAUUCCUUAUCCUGCUGGUUUUGGAGGGAAUCCCACUGCUGCACCUGGAGUUCGCCAUCGGCCAGCGCCUGAGGAAGGGCAGCGUGGGAGUGUGGAGAUCAAUCAAUCCAUACCUGACUGGAAUUGGUAUUGCAUCCUUCCUUACAUCAUUUUUGGUGGGCAUGUACUACAACACCAUCAUGGCCUGGAUCAUGUGGUAUCUCUUCAACUCCUUUCAAGAUCCUCUGCCUUGGAGCCAAUGUCCCCUCAAUGCUAACAGGACAGGUCUGGUGGAGGAAUGUGCUCGGAGCAGCACUGUCGAUUACUUCUGGUACAGAGAGACUCUAAACAUUUCAACAGCUAUUGAUGAGUCUGGAGGUCUACAGUGGUGGAUGGUUUUGGCCCUGGUGGCCGCCUGGACUCUGCUCUAUGUCUGCUGCAUCCGGGGCAUCGAGACCACCGGAAAGGCUGUGUACAUCACCUCUACUCUGCCAUACUUGGUCCUCACCAUCUUUCUCAUCAGAGGACUGACUCUGAAAGGAUCAGUAGAAGGGAUCAAGUUCCUCUUCACACCAGAUGUAAAUGAGUUAAUGAAUCCAUCCACCUGGUUGGAUGCUGGUGCUCAAGUUUUCUAUUCCUUCUCUUUGGCUUUCGGAGGUCUCAUCUCUUUCUCCAGUUACAACUCUAUUCACAACAACUGUGAGCAGGACGCUGUUCUCAUCUCCAUCAUCAAUGGCUGCACCUCAGUGUACUCUGCAACUGUCAUUUACUCCAUCAUCGGCUUCAGGGCCAUGCAAAACUUUGACGACUGCACAUCAGACAACAUCUGGAAGCUGAUGAAUGCCUUCAACUAUCCUGAAAGCAGCAUCACAGAAAGCAACUAUAAAGAUGUUCUGACCCACCUCAACCAGACAAAUCCAGCUAUAAUUGAAGGAUUAGACUUAAAGAUCUGUGACAUGCAGGUGUUCCUCAGUCAGGGCGUUGAGGGAACAGGUCUGGCAUUCAUCGUAUUCACAGAGGCCAUCACCAAAAUGCCUUUCUCUCCCUUGUGGGCUGUCCUCUUCUUCGUCAUGCUCUUCUGCCUCGGCCUGUCGACUAUGUUCGGGAACAUCGAGGGAGUGGUGGUUCCUUUGCAGGACCUAAACUUGCUGCCCCGAACUUGGCCCAAAGAAGUUUUUUGUGGUCUGACCUGCUUAGUCUCUUUUGCCAUUGGGAUUAUCUUUGCUCAGCGCUCUGGAAACUAUUGGCUAGCACUUUUUGACAACUUUGCUGGUUCUAUCCCCCUGCUGGUUAUCGGACUGUGUGAAAUGAUUGCCGUUAUUUACAUCUAUGGCAUAGACAGGUUUAACAAGGACAUUGAGUUUAUGAUCGGCCACAAGCCCAAUUUCUUCUGGCAGUCGACCUGGAGGGUGAUCAGUCCACUCAUUAUGGUCGUCAUCUUGGUUUUCUAUUUUGUCACCCAAGUUACCAAAAGUCUCACCUAUCUGGUGUGGGACGAGGAGGCGGAGGGCUUCCCCACCCUUGAACCACGUCCGUAUCCUACCUGGAUCUACGUCAUCAUCUUCAUCCUCGCUGGAAUUCCCAGUUUAUCCAUCCCAGUGUUCGCCCUCUUCAAAUUCAUUCAGAGCAAAUGCUGCAAGCAGACGGACAGAGAAGACACAGUUGAUACUAUCUCUGCCAAAAUACAAAUGAGUGACAAAAUGACAAUUUAGAGAGCUCUUACUUACAUUUUGUAACAAAAUAUUUAAGAACAAAAUGAAUAUGGACUUAUUUUUUUGUCGUUUGUAUAUUAUGCUUAUGUCUUUUUUUCCCCCAAAGCCCCAUACAAUGACUGGAGAGCACACUGGUGCCUACUGACUUUAUUUGUCAAAAGUGAAAGGAAAUUUAAAUUGUAUGUUUUUGUAAAACAAUGUACUUUUUGAGAAGAGUAAUUGUUGUGUCAUGUCUCACAUGUAAGUGCAUUUAGGUAAAUUUGGAAAAUUCUGCUAUUUGCAUUCUUGC